AUGUUUUACAAGCAUAACAUUAACUUUUAUAAUACAUGUCACAUUAAAAGAUAUAUUAUUCAAAGAAAUAUUUUUCAACGAAAUAUUUUUCAACGAAAUAUUUUUUAUAUGAUACCAUAUUAUAAUAUAUUAUCGUUUAAUAUUAAAAAUAAAUAUUAUAUAGGAUGUGAAAGAAUAGGAUUUCAUUUUUUUUUUUAUAACACAUAUAGAGACCCGUCCAUUAUGAAGAGAAACACUUUUGUUGUUUGCAAGUAUAAACAUAUUUUAAGAAACAUAAAAUAUAAAAUUGAAAGGAAUAUAAAACGUGAUAAUAUUUUUAUAAAUAAUAAUAUCAUGUCAUAUAAAGAUAUUGAACCGAAUGAGUUAUAUAAUAUUGGAAGGAGAGGAAUAAAAGUUAAAAAAAAAAAAAUGAAACUAAAAAAUAUAGAUAAGAAUGAUAAUUUAUUUAAAUAUAAAAAAUCUAUGGAUUUAUUAAAAAAGUUAUAUAAUAUUAUUCACGAUAAGUAUAAUAUGUAUUCAUGUGAUGAUUCUAAUUAUGUAGAUGAAAAAAAUAACAUUAAUAAAAAUCUUGAGAGACAAAAAAAAAAAAAAUUAUAUAAUUAUGAGAAUGAUAAAGAUUUAUAUAAUGAUAUAAUAGAUGUUAUAAAAAAUGAAAAGAAUAUAAAAACAACAUUUCUUAUAUUACAUACAGCAAAUAAAAUAAUGUGUAUAAAUAAAUUUAUUCAAUAUAUAUAUGACGAUAUAUUAUUAGUAGAAGAUAUGGAAGCAUUAUCUAUAAUAUUAAGAGUAUUAAAUAAUUCUUUUUAUGAUGACAAAAAAUUAUUAUUUAUUCUAAUGAAUAAAUUAAAAGAAAAUAUUAUUUUAGGCACGUCCUCAAAUCUAACUAUUAGUAAUACAUUUUUCUGUUAUUCUAAUUUUUAUAGUAGGGGUAUCAUAGAACAAAGCCAUAUACCCCUAGAACAAAUGAUAGGAACUGUAAUAAAUUAUUAUCAUGCAUUUUCUUAUGUGCAACUAUUGGAGAUAUUAAGUAGCUUUGAGCAUUACGAUUUUUUAAAAGAUAAAAAAAAUCAAGUUGUAAAAGAAGAGGAUGAUCUCAUGGAGGGUGGUGUUCAUCACCACAUAUGUGAUAAUAACAAUAUAAAUGAUAAUAUAAAUGAUAAUAAUAAUAUAAAUGAUAAUAUAAAUGAUAAUAAUAAUAUAAAUGAUAAUAAUAAUAUAAAUGAUAAUAAUAAUAAUUAUAAUAAUAGUAAUCAUAAUAAUAAUAAUAAUUAUUAUUAUGUUAGGGGGUUGAAAAAAUUAAGAACCAAAUUAUUCGUCAAGGUAGCCAAUUAUUUUAUUCAACAAGAUAUAAUAAAAGAACUAAGCACAAAAGAAAAAAUAGACCUAAUAUAUGCAUUCGCAAAAAAUAAAAUAUAUCAUGAGAAAAUAUUUUUAAGUCUAUAUGAUUAUUUAUUGAAAAUUAUUAAAGGAUAUAAUAAGGACAUCAUAAAUAAUAAGUUUGCAUUUUUUUUUGAAGAAAAAACAAAAAAAAAUGAACAUAUUAAAAUGAAUGAUAAUAAUAUAACGAAUCAGAUAAAUAAAUAUGAUAAUAAUGAUGAUAAUAUGAACAAUUUAAGAAACAAUGAAAAAGUUGAUAUAAAAAAUGUAUCAUCAACUUAUAUAAAUAAAAAUCUAUUAAAGGAUGCUAUUACAUAUGUAAGUAAUAUAUUAUAUUCUUAUAGUAAAUUUAAUAUAUAUAUAGAUGAAUUAUAUAAUGAAAUAUUAUUAUUUUUACAAUAUUUUUAUAAAUAUAUGGAUUGUUCUAUAUUAUCUCAAUGUUUAAUAUCCUUAACGAAGGUCAAUUGUAAUAUAAAUAUAUUAUUAUCAAAAAUAUAUAAAGAAAGAUUAAAUAUUAUUUAUGAUAAUAAACAUGAUCAUUUUUUAGAACAUAGUACAUCUAUAAAUCUAAUGAAUUAUCUUUUAUCAUAUAGUCGCAAUUUAUUUUUAGAAAAGAAUGUUUAUAAUAUUAUAUCAUAUUAUCUUUUAAAAAAUGAUAAAAUAUAUUCAUUACAUUCAUUAGAUUUAAUAAAUAUUUUUCAUGCAUAUAGUAAGAUCUAUUAUAUAGAUAAAAAAUUAUUUCUAAAAAUUGAUCAAAUUAUUCUACAACGAUUACAAGCUAAUAAAUAUUAUCUCACAAUCGAUUUAGCUAUAAAAUAUAUAAACGCAGUUUCUAAAUUAUCAUAUAAAAAUGAAAAUAUUAUUUAUAAAAUACUCGAAAUUAUUUAUCACACGAAUCAUUUACAUAAUAUUAAAAUAAUACAUUUAUUUAAAUUAUUAAAAAGUAUCAAAAAAUUAAAUAUAUCUCAUCAUAUUUUAGAAAAACAUAUUCAAAUGAUAGCACCAACUAUUACUCUAGAUUUUGCACAUUAUAUAAACUUUUAUUAUAAAGCUAAAAAGGAUAUACAUGUCAGAAAAAAAAAGUGGAUCUGGUAA